GAGAGAGAGAGAGAGGCCACAGCCAUUUCACACAUGCACGUCUCACCCUGAACAUCAACACACUCCCGCUGGAUUUUUCCCAAAGGAUUAUUCUGCUUCCUGAUGAACUCUGACCGUCGCUGAUGGACACAGCCACUCCUCCGAACUUCCCCGAUGAUCCAAGACGGUUUCAUCAAAGGCCUCCUGAUUCAUCUGCAAAGAGAGAGCCCUCGAUCUUACCCAGCGUUCCAGCAUACGACUCGGUCAGCAUCCUUACCACCGGCCCAACAAACGACACGGACAGCAUCCAGACGGGCCACCCGGUGACCGACGGUGACAGCAUCCAAACGGCCCAUCCCGCGUACGACACGGACAGCAACCAAACGGCCCAUAUGGCAUACGAGACAGACAGCAACCGGACGCUGAACCCAGCAUUCGACACGGACAGCACACACACCCUCCACCCUGCGUACACGCUGGACAGGGUGACCAUGGAGGGAGUCCCGGGGCCUCCUGGAGGUGACGGUCCAGCCACCAGCAUCUCAAUGAAUCCACCACCAUACAGCCCACCAGAUCCUAAAACAGCCGGCCUCAUGUUCCCGUCACCGAUGAUGCAUUACCCCAACCACCCCGUCAUCACCUGUCAACCUGGAGCCAAUCCGCCGGCUUUCUACCAGCCCUCCUUCCUCCCGCCGUCCACCUACCCAUCCUACACUAUAUACAUGAACGGGCCGCCACUGGGAGAGGAGCAGCCGGCCUUACCGAAAGACUAUCUGGUCGAGUCUCUGCUGGUGACCAUCUUCUGCUGUCUCAUGAGCGGCCUCGUCGCAGUCAUGUACUCGUAUGAAACGCGAGCAGCGUUGACCAGGGGUGAUAUCCGUGAAGCUGAGAAAACAUCCCAGAAGGCUCGUCUGCUUGUCAUGUUCAGUUUGAUGUUCGGCAUAUUUGUUUUUGUGGGCUGGAUUAUUUAUGUAGUGAUAGUGCUCUGUGCAUAGAAACUACUGACAGAUAAAACAGUUAUGUACACUACCGUUCAAAAGUUUGGAGUUGGCAAAAAUGUAUAAUGUUUUUGAAAGAUGUCUCUUCUGCUACCAAAGCGGUGUUUAUUUGAUCAAAAAUACAAUAAAAACAGUGAAAUAUUAUUACAAUUUAGGGUUAAUAUAACUGCUUUCUAUUUGAAUAUAUUGUAAAAUGUAAUUUAUUUCUGUGAUCUGAAUUUUCAGC